GUUGACUUGGGGAUGAACUAGGCGAAAGAGCUAACUGCAUUCCUAUGCUGAAAUUUCAGUUGAUUUUAGUGUUUGAGCUUCAGUAUUUUCAGAUUCUGGUAGGGCCUUGCUAGAUUCUUGAACUGGAUAUGUAAAUCGGAUUUGUUAGUUGAUGUGAGAAUGAAAGAUGCAUAGGCAACAUAUGAUGGAUAGAUGAGUGCGCUGCAAUAGUUACUUGUGUUGCUUGUUGGUGGUUUUGGUUUCUUGGAUAAACACUUUGUGAAGCUGGUGGGCAAGUCUCUAAAGAAUCUCAGUCCAGACAAAUAUGCCAAUAAUUUGGAAAUUUUGAGAGAUAUGGCAAGCAAAAGGAUUCAGAAGGAACUCAUGGAUUUGCGGAAGGAUCCACCAACAUCAUGCAGUGCUGGGCCUGCAGGAGAGGAUUUAUUCCAUUGGCAGGCCACAAUCAUGGGCCCUAGUGACAGCCCCUAUGCAGGUGGGGUGUUCUUUGUUAACAUCCAUUUUCCUCCUGACUACCCUUUUAAGCCUCCAAAAGUGAACUUCCAAACAAAGGUGUAUCACCCAAACAUCAACUCAAAUGGAAGCAUUUGCCUUGACAUCCUCAAGGAGCAAUGGAGCCCAGCACUUACCAUAUCAAAGGUCCUUCUGUCCAUCAGCUCACUUCUCACUGACCCCAACCCAGACGAUCCCCUCGUCCCAGAGAUCGCGCACAUCUACAAGAACCAGAGGCCUCGCUAUGAGGAGAUGGCAAGGGCCUGGACCCAGAAAUACGCAAUGGGCUAGCAGCUAUCAUGCUUAGACCAUUGUUCCAUGCAACAAUCGAAAUUAGAUGGUUGUGUCCUCUGAACCAUUGCUUGUUUAUGUACAGUAGUGUCAAAGUUGCAUGAUCUGUAAAUUAGAUGUUAAUUCACACUUUGGUUUAUACCUGAAGAGCGUUCAUAGUCAUGACAUUUGUGCCUGUAACCUUGUCAAGAAUCCAGUCAGACUUGUAUGGCUCGAUACGUAUAUGUUCAUAAUUUUGUGGUGGUUUGGUCCAUUUCUAUCUGAUGCCUUUAUUGUCAUUUUCAGCA